AUGAAGAAGGCUCUUCAUGUAUUUGAUGAUCUUCCGAACAGUUACGCUCAGACGAAUGUUGCAUUCAGCCCUAACAAAGAACUCUUCCUGACAGGAACAUCAGUUGAAAAGAACAACACAACAGGGGUCUGCUAUGUUUUUACGACAGAGCAAAAAUGGAACUGUCUGCAGCAACUGUGUCACCAUGCCUUAUCGAUACUAAGAUUUGAGAAUCCAAAAACUUCAGACUUCAUAUUAGUUACAGAAAAUCCGAUUGCUGGAUUCAUCUCGUACUAUCUCCGCAACGGAGGAGGAACUCACAUACUAUAUGAUCCAACCAUCAGCGAGAGGGGUGCACUAGUAUGCGUUGCACGUGCACCACGGAAGAAGUCUCUGGAUGAUUUUCAGGCACAACCUAUAAUUCACAAUCCGCAUGCUCUGCCGCUAUUCAGAGAUCAGCUUAGCCGAAAACGUCAGUGCGAGAAGACACUGAAGGACCCACUCAAGGCCCACAAACCGGAGCUACCCAUGACUGGGCCAGGCCAUGGCAGAAGAGUUGGUUCAACAACGGGAAGUCUGCUAACGCAGUACCUUCUUAAGGUAACGUUGCUUUACUCUCAUACUCAAACGAAGUCAGAGACAAGUGGUCACAUGUUUCACAUUCUGUUGCAGCAGGGAGAUAUGAUUAAGGAAACAUGGAUGGAUGAUUAUCCCAGAGAAGCAAUCCUCAAAUAUGCCGAUGUUGUUGUCAAAGAUCCUAAAUACAUCGCGCCAGCAGACGCAGCCUGA